AUGCCAGAACAAAGCAAUGAUUACCGGGUGGCUGUGUUUGGGGCAGGAGGUGUUGGCAAGAGCUCCCUGGUCUUGAGGUUUGUGAAAGGCACGUUUCGGGAGAGCUACAUCCCAACAGUGGAAGACACCUACCGGCAGGUCAUCAGCUGUGAUAAGAGCAUAUGCACACUGCAGAUCACUGACACAACCGGCAGCCACCAGUUCCCUGCUAUGCAGCGUCUGUCCAUCUCCAAAGGGCAUGCCUUCAUCCUGGUGUACUCCAUCACCAGCCGCCAGUCCCUGGAGGAGCUCAAACCCAUCUAUGAACAAAUCUGUGAGAUCAAAGGGGAUGUGGAGAGCAUUCCUAUCAUGCUGGUAGGGAAUAAGUGUGAUGAGAGCCCAAACCGUGAGGUAGAGAGCAGUGAGGCAGAAGAUUUGGCCCGGAAGUGGAAGUGUGCCUUCAUGGAAACCUCAGCCAAGCUCAACCACAACGUGAAAGAGCUCUUCCAGGAGCUGCUCAACCUGGAGAAGCGCAGGACCGUGAGCCUACAAAUUGACGGGAAAAAGAGCAAGCAGCAGAAAAGGAAAGAAAAGCUGAAAGGCAAAUGUGUGGUUAUGUGA